AUAAAGUCAAGUAAACGCACUGUAAUGUCAUUGCGCUCCCUCCAGCAGUGUGGUCGUCGCUGAACAUUGGAAAAACUGGCAUUCCUUGUUUGACCCGACGAAUUGAAAACCCUUCUCUUUUCUGCUUUCUGCUUCUCAUUUUCACACCCAUCCUUGCUUUUUCAAUUACCAUUUCCUUGUUUCUUCUUUCUUUUGCUUGAUUUCUUCUCUCUUCAAUUGAAUGUUCAAACAAUAUCACUUUCUUUGAAAUUUAAGGGCUUCUUUCUCUGUGGAUAUUCACUCAUUUCACGCUUUUUUCGAUCUCUUCAGUUUCGGUUCUUCAAAUAUCAGGUUUUGUUGUUAUGAAGUUGGGCCGUCGUAAAUUCUGUUAUUUUCAAGCUCCAGUGUGCAAAAGAUAGCAAUUUUAGGUUUUUUUUAGCAAAAUUAUACGGCUUUCUGCGUAAACAUGAUGCUGGGCAGACCUGUUCUUGAGAUUUUAGUUAGCAUUUGUCUCUGGUUGUUGCUUAGCUGUACUUUGAGCUAUGGUACUGAGACAGAUAUUGCUUGCCUGAAGAGUAUAAAAGACUCACUUGAAGACCCUUUUAAGUACUUGAAGUCUUCAUGGGACUUUAACAACAAUACCGAAGGAUACAUUUGUGGAUUUACGGGUGUUGAAUGUUGGCACCCGGAUGAGAGCAGGGUCUUAAAUCUCCGUCUUUCGGAUAUGGGGCUCAGGGGUCGAUUCCCUACUGGACUUCAGAAUUGCACGAGCAUAACUGGUGUUGAUCUUUCAAACAACAACCUUUUUGGACCCAUUCCAGAUAAUAUCUCUAAAAUCAUUGGGUUUGUGACAUCUCUUCAACUCUCAUCCAACAAUUUCUCUGGAAGCAUUCCAGAAAACCUUGCAAAUUGUAGCUUUUUGAAUAUUCUUAAACUCGAUCACAACCGGUUGACAGGUCAAAUUCCUCCACAACUUGGCUUGUUAGGUCGGCUUAAAACAUUUAGUGUAGCCAAUAAUCUUCUCACUGGACCUGUUCCAACAUUCCUAAAUGCCACUGUGACAGCAGAUGAUUAUGCAAAUAAUGUAGGACUGUGCGGGAAGCCUUUGGACAACUGCCCUGGAACUUCAAAGGGCCCUUCUCCUGGGGUUAUUGCUGGGGCUGCAAUUGGUGGGUCUACCGUUGCUGCAAUAGCUGUGGGUAUUGCUAUGCUUUUCUACUACCGAAAGGUGUCUAAGAUGAAAAAGAAGAAGGAUGAUGACCCUGAAGGAAAUAAAUGGGCAAAGAGUUUAAAAGGAAUAAAGGGCACUAAGGUUUCUAUGUUUGAGAAAUCCGUUUCUAAAAUGAAAUUGGGUGACCUUAUGAAGGCUACUAACAGCUUCAACAAAGAUAAUAUUAUUGGAUCGGGAAGAACAGGGACUAUAUAUAAAGCAGUGCUUGAGGAUGGCACUUUUCUAAUGGUUAAGAGAUUGCAGGAUUCAAAGCACUCUGAAAACGAAUUUGUAUCAGAAAUGUCUACUCUGGGGAGUGUGAAACAUCCUAACUUGGUUCCCCUUUUAGGUUUCUGCAUGGCUAAUAAGGAAAGGCUUUUGGUUUACAAGUAUAUGCCAAAUGGUACCCUGCAUGAUAAUCUGCAUACCACAGAUGAUGGUAAGAAACCAAUGGAAUGGCCUAUAAGGCUCAAAAUUGCUACAAGGGCAGCUCGGGGAUUUGCAUGGCUCCAUCAUAACUGUAAUCCCCGUAUUCUCCACCGAAAUAUAAGUUCUAAAUGCAUCUUGUUGGAUGCAGAUUUAGAGCCUAAAAUAUCUGAUUUUGGUCUUGCCAGGCUAAUGAAUCCAGUUGAUACCCAUUUGAGUACCUUUGUGAAUGGAGAAUUUGGCGAUUUGGGUUAUGUUGCUCCAGAGUAUACAAAAACUCUGGUGGCCACUACAAAGGGGGAUGUUUACAGCUUUGGAACUGUGCUUCUGGAGCUAGUGACUGGUGAGAGACCUACACACGUGGCUAAAGCUUCUGAAAGUUUUAAGGGCAGUUUGGUUGAAUGGAUUAUGCAGCUGUCUGGCAACUCUGAACUUCAAGAUGCCAUAGACAAAUCGUUGGUUGGGAAGGGUGUUGAUAAUGAGAUUUUCCAGUUUCUUAAAGUUGCAUGUACUUGUGUAUCAGCAAAUCCCAAGGAGAGGCCAACUAUGUUUGAAGUAUACCAGCUUCUAAGGGCUAUUGGGGAGAAUUACCAUUUUACUACUGAGGAUGGGAUUACUAUGCCUUCAGACAAUGGUGAUGCUGAUUACAUAGAGGAACUUAUUGUUGCUCAAGAAGUAAGAGGGGGGAAUUAAAAGUGUGAGGUAGGGGAAGUAUUUUUCCAUAAUUUUAUGUAAUUAGCUGUUGUGCCUUGUUGAAAUAAAUGUUAAAAUUUACGCAUACUCUUAUAGUUCAUGCCUUAUUGAGAAGUUGCCUUAAUGAUAUCACUUUACAGUAGCAUUAAUCUUGGCUCUGUUGUUAGCAUCUUGUAUAAUUAAAAUUCCUCAACAUUUCAAUAUAUAUGUUUUCAAAUUUCUUUCUUUUUUUGUAUA